UUGUAAAGAGAACGUUGAUUAUAUAAACAAAUAGGUGUUAUGUCGUCGUCUUCUAUGGCUAGGCAAGCGGUUGAAAGUAAAGCUAUACCCAUAAAAAGGGUGCUAAUUAAUGACCUUAACGAUUUACCGUCACAUUAUUCUUCAACUCCCGGAGGAACUCUCUUUUCCACAACUCCAGGAGGUUCAAAAAUAGUAUACGAAAAAUCGGUUCUGCUCAACUUACGUAAUUCGCCCAUUUCCAAAACACCACCACAAUUCAGCAUACCAGAUAGUAUUCUAAGCAGUCCUUCCAAAAAGACGAAUCAAACAAUUAAAAAUGGACUGUCAAAUUCACCAAAAAGAAGACCAUCGAAACCUGAAACGACUGAAAUAUCCGAAGAUCAAUUCCAAAUUGAUAUUUAGUAUUAGUAUUAAAAUUUACUGUAAUAUAAAUUUAUCGUAUCUUUAAAUAAUGAGGGUCGACAAAGGACAAAGAUCGAAGAGCGCAUUAAAAAAAUUAAAUAAGAACUCUCAAAAAUAUUCAUCACAAUAAUUGGUAGUAUAAAAAAUUUAUUAAAUAAUAAUUUUGAAGUCAAAUAAUAGUUUUACUAAAAAAAAUCAUAAAUAAUUAAUUUUUUCAAUAUGUUGUUCAAAAUUAUCGCAGCACUCAUAAAUCUAGACAUAUAAUGUCAUUUCUUCAUAAAUAUUAUUCUUGUUUCAUCAGAGAAUAGGACAGACUGCAACAGAGAAUUACCCAAACUAUUGAGUAGUACGAUAAUUUUGAGCAAUAUUAUAAUUUAUAGAUAAUAUGUAUUCUAAGCAGCACGACAUGAGACCAAUGAAAUUAGAGUGUAACAAAUAUUUUACAAUAAAAAAAAAGAUAAUAUUAACUAUUUUUUCUCUAUUUUGCAAUUAUGCACCCUUAUUAUUAUUGCCAAGACAUGAUAUAUUUAAACCAUUUUAAACUUUUGUUCAACUGCCAUGUACUGUCCAUUAGUUAUUAAUUUAUCAUGUCGUAUAUAAAUAGGUUAAAGGUAAAG